AUGAAAAUGGAGGAAGAUCCAGUGAUUGGGAGGCAAGAACGGGAAGCCAAAAUUGGCAGCAAAGAUGUUAAUAUCCUCCAGGCAGGGACUCUUGGAGAGGUCUUGGAAGGAAUACCUGAAGGAAUUCUGGUUAAACAGGAGCCUGCUGAAGGUUCCCUUCAGCAGUGGGAAGUCCAGUGGCAGGAGUUCCUCAAGACUGUGGAGAGCCCUCAGUCCCAUUGGGUGAUCCCAGAGUUGCCUCAGGAACCCACCCCAUGGGACGACACCAAGGCCUUCCUGGCCUCCUUUGAGCAAGUGGCUGAAGCCUGCCGAUGGCCGAAGGAAGAGUGGGUGGCCCAUCUCCUGCCAGCUCUCAAUGGAGAACCUGAACGCGCAUUUAGCAACUUGGAUAGCCAAGACAGAAGGGACUAUGCAAAGGUGAAGUUGGCCAUCUUGCGAGGUGACGCCAUGCGGAGGGAGAAGCAGCGCCAAUACUUCCGCCGUUUCUGCUAUCUGGAGACUGAGGGGCCAAGAGGGACGUACAGCCGACUCCAGGAACUUUGUCAUGGGUGGCUGAGGGUGAAGAAACAUACCAAGGAGCAGAUCCUAGAACUCUUGAUCCUGGAGCAGUUCCUGACCAUCCUGCCCCCGGAGAUUCAAAGCUGGGUGAGGGAAAGCAGCCCAGACACCUGUGCCCAAGCAGUGGCCUUGGCCGAAGAGUUUCUGCAGAUGCAGCGGGACGCCCACAGAGUAAAACAACAGGUGAUGAUGAAACACAAGGAGGUGGCUAUGAGUCCCUUAGAGCCAGAAGUGGCUCCAACUGGGCCUACGGAGAGGCAGCCACGGCAGGAGGCCCAGCCACAGAUCAGUGAGGAACCCAGCCUUCGGGGUUACAUGGAGGUGAGAAAGCAUGAAGGGAAAACCAGCCCCAUGGAUUGUUUGGAGCUGGUGGAAACAGGUGGCACAUUCCAAAGGAGAGCAAUGGAGACCAUCACUGAGGGAGGGGGAAAAUCUCAGGAGAGCUCCACGGGGCAACAGAGACCCUCCCUAAGGAACAGAAUCAGCAAAUCCAGUCCUGGUGGGGCAAAGAGGGUUCUCAAUGAAAGCUUAGUGGGGCCCAAAGAUGACACCCGCACUGUUGCUGAGGGAACCUUCAGAGAGGAACUGGUCCUUCCCAGACAUGAAGGACUCCCUAAUCAGGACACAUUCCUACAAUGUGGAAGGAACGUUGUUCGCAAGGACCUGUUGAUGCGGCAUCAGCGAAUCCAUGCAUUGGACAAACCGCGGAAGUGCUUGUACGGUGGGAAGACCUUCUGUCCAAGGCCAAGCCUGAAACUUCACGAGAGAACCCAGCCUGAGGAUAAACCCUUCCAAUGCUCUAACUGUGGAAAGCGGUUCACUCGAAAUUCCCUCCUAAUUAAACAUGAAAAGACCCACGGAGGAGAGAAACUCUACAACUGUUCGACCUGCGGGAAGGUCUUUGUUUAUAGCUGGAACCUCAUCAAACACAAAAAGAAGCACACAGGGGAGAAACCAUACCAGUGCUCAGCCUGUGGGAAAACCUUCUUUGAGCGUUCGGACCUCCUCAGGCAUGAGAGAACGCACACGGGAGAGAGACCCUAUAAGUGCUCACUCUGUGAGAAGUGUUUCAGUCAGAAGUGGCUGCUGAUCAAACAUGAACGAACCCACAUGGAAUAG